AUGGAUCCAAUCACCGCCCUAACGAGUGCCGUCGAACUUUUCGGCGUUGCCCGUCAGAUUCAAAGCCUUGUGGAAAAGUACAAGAAUGCACCCAAGGCUGUGCACGAGAUCAUCGUCGAGUGCAACUUGACGAAAGAUGUGUGCCUCAAUUUGCAGAAACAAGUCUCACAGACUGAUAUCCUCAAAAACCCGGUCAAGAACAGUACCGAGGAUGGUUUGCGGAAGAUGCUUGAUACAUGCAUGGACAAAUUGAAUAAGACACUCAAAGAUUUGGAACACGAAGUCAGCAAGGUGCAGAGCAAAAGUAACUCGCGCAUGGGAAAGUGGGACAAGACGAAGUUCUUAUGGAGGGAGGAGAUCUUUUCAGAUGCUACGCAAAGUAUCCAGGAUCAGAAAGCCCGCCUUGGUAUUGUUAUCCAGCUUUUGCAAGUGCGUACUGGUCAAGAAGUAAAGGAGGGCGUCCAUAAUGUACAGAAGGGUGUCGAUACUCUCCGAGAGGAGGUUAGAGAGAUAUUGACCGAAUUUCUCAAAAGGCAAAACCCCCCUCAACUGGGUUUACAGCCACCAUCGGAGUUGAAGAAGAGUAGAUCAGAUACUCAGAUCAACACAACAGGCAAGCGAUUUGCUGACGACCUCUUUGCCGCUGUACGAGGUGGGCGGCUUGAGGACCUUGAGCCCAUUUUGGCCCAAGGCGUCUCUGUAAACAUAGCCCUAGGAGACCGCGGUGACCGGGCCAUACAUGUUGCCGCUCGCGAGGGAUUUCUGCUCGUCCUGGACCGGCUUAUUGCUUCCGGAGCAGACGUCAAUGUCCAGAAUGCGCUGCAGGAUACAGCAUUGCACCAGGCGCUCAAUCGAGGACAGAUUCCCACUUCGUUGGCGCUAUUGUCGAGCGGGGCCAGUUGGAAGAUCAGGAAUGCCAACGGGACCACGCCGCUACACACAGCCGUGAGGAGUUCUGCAUAUCUUGUUGUGCAAUAUUUGCUCGAUAAGGGAGCAGACGCAAAUGCUCGAGACAAAUGGGGUCACACUCCCCUUUAUAAGGCAUGCAUUCCCCCGGAGAAGGAUAAGAAAAAUAACUUUGUCAUCAACCUGAAAAUCAUUCGGUUACUCGUCGAGCGAGGAGCAGAUCCGACGCUUGGGGGUUGGAAAACCGGCAGAACUCCGAUUCACGGGCUUGCGUCGAGUGGGCACGCAAAGGAGCUCGAGAUCUUGGCCAAGGACGCCAAGACUCUCGAACUACCGCUGACAGGAGACUCUCAGGGUGAAACGCCGCUCCUCGUUGCAGUCAAGAACAAACACCCAGGCGCCGUAGAUGUUCUGCUCAAGCGUGGAGCCAACGUGAACGCGAGAGAGACUUCAAAAGACGGUACGGCGCCGACUGCCCUAUGGUACGCCGCUUACAACCCAGACCUAAGCAUCGCGGCCAAGCUUCUCGAAGCUGGCGCAGAUCCGCGUGCAAAGAGCAAUGGCAUAACUCUUCUUCAUCUUGCAGCAACGAAGCACUUGCUUGAGCUGGCUAAGCUGCUGGUCAAAUACAAAGCCGAUCUGGAUGCCAAAUCAUCUAGUAACGAUACACCUCUCCAUGCGGCUGUCUGGGUCAAGGAUUUCCCGAUAGUUCGGCUUAUGCUAGAGAACGGGGCCAAAGUAGAGGCGAAGGGGUACCGCACAGCGACUCCGAUCAUGGCAGCAGCCGAGACCGGCUCACUGCCAAUGAUAAGGCUCCUGCUUAAGCACGGAGCUCAGUGGUCUUACAUGACGCCUCAAGGCUCAAACGCGUUUAUUUGGUCAUCGUCCGGCGGAAGCGUCGUGUGCGUGAGCUUCUUCCUCGGCUGCGGCCAAGAUCUGCAUCACAGGGCCGAGGGGGAUUAUACUGCGCUACACUAUGCGGCGAGGACAGGCAAAACGGAGUGCGUCAAGUUGCUUCUAGAGCUGGGCAUCGAUAAGCAGGUUAUGCCGACGAAGAUGAGGGCACCCUUCAAGGUCAAGGGGACGGCAGCUGAGGUUGCGAGGGCGCAUGGGGCCGUUGAAGUAGCGGAGUUCAUUGAGAGUCUUGUUCGAAGUGGCCCCUGGAUUCUCGCUUCUUUUGAGCGAUGGAAAGAGAUAGACUUCCCGGGGACGCCGUCAUCACAAGGACUGGCCAUCCUCGCCAAUAACCAUACUGGCUCCAAUAUCCAGGACGCUGAGGCAAACAGCCAACCGCAACAACCCAUCAACAACUUCAUCAAUACGCCCAGCUUCCUUUCCAUUCAGAAAAGAGAAACACAGCCACCCGGUGUUUUGAGAGCGCGUGCCACUAUCGACACUGGCAUACGCAUCAGAUUCUUCGCCAUGGAAUAUUUCAACCAGCAGCAAGAGAUUGAUGACGCGCAUCUCCUGGCGACAAUGCUGGUGUACAUGACCGUCGGUCGUGACAUUAUCACCGCCCUCAUCGUGGUCGUGGCUCUCCGUUCCGUCAUCGUCGGAGGCACAACGACCUUGACGCUUCGCUACUUCAUGAUACUCUUUGCUCGCCACAUCAUCAUCUAUGCGACCGAGAUUCCCUACAUCAUCCACAAGAAGAGGUGGACCAGCUUCUGCCGCCGGUAUCAACUACCACGCAACGUCGCAAGAUUCGGCUCCUUCUCCUACCUCUGUAUGCAGUUCAGCCUAUUUGCCGUCGAAUGCUACCUUUUUCGGCUUUGGCGACAGCAUCGGCUCGCUGGAGGCGCGAAUGUACAGAGCACCGGUGUGGCGUUGGCGGCUAUCAUCACUUCUAUCACCGCCUAUACGGUACGCCAGGCGUACAUCAAGGUGCUCUUCCACUGGGGGCUCAUGCGUAGCAGCCGUCGGGCCGUCAACUGGGGCCCCAGCGAUGCGGAAAUCAUUGAUGGGCCUUCGCAUGCUUGUACGAAGCUCGGACUGGGAUGGAGAUGCAUGGCUUUGGCUAAAGCUACAUGGGAAGACUGGGCAACAGGACGAAAGAGGACUCGGCUAAAUCAAGCAGACAUCAUCGCACUUGGCUUAUGGCGGUCUCGACAGUACUCGCAACAUCAGAACCCUCGACAAUUCGGAUUUCUUGAGAAGAGCAACCCGUCACUGGGCAUUCGUGGCAAAAUGGGCCCUCCAUCAACGGCAGCGCGGAAGAGGCCUACGACGACUCCCAAAAAACCGUUAACCAGGUUGCCUCCUUCGAAGAAGCCUGCAGGAAAACCCAAUGCUAGCAUUCUGAGCUUCUUUCAAAAGGCCGAAAAGCCCGAGCAGACGUUGUUUAUCGAUGGCCACGAAAAGCUCGUUGUUCCCCAAAAGGAAGAUGAUGAGGUACCAGAGAUAUAUGAUGCCGAACCAUGGGAGGAGGAGGCGAGGUUUAAUGAGGUUGAGGCGCCAAAUAAGAAGCGGCGGCUAAGCCAAGAGCCCGAGAAUAACGAAGGGGAACAGUCAGCCGCAAGAGAUUCCAACAGCCCUGUGGUGUCCGAACCACCACCCUCAUCACCCACAGAGAGGCCUUCUAAGAAGGUGGCCACUAAGCGGAAAGGCCCCUUUCUCGACGAAUCUGACAGUGAAGGAGAAGAAGAAGAAAAGGUCCCUACAGCUCGGAAAUCAAGUCUCAUCGGUGCUAUUCGCAGUCGACCGCCCAUCGUUCCACCGGUCAAGUCGGAGGACGACGUGACGUCUCCAGCAAUGAAGCAAGAUAAUGUUUCUACGCCGUUGGUUCAGCUAAAGGAGGAAGAAGAAGAGGCAAAACCGCCAGCGACGGAAACGAGCUGCCCGCCACCGCCAUUGAAGGUUGAGGACUCGAUCGACGCCGAAUUUGCAAAUGUUGACGACUUUGGUGACCUAGACGAUUUCCCCAACGACGAAGAUUUCGGCGGCGAAGAAUACCGCAUGAUGCAGUUCAUGGAGGAACAAGCCCGUUUGGAAGCAGAAGCCGAGGCUGCAGAUACGGGCGACUAUUCUUGCGACGAAUUAGCCGAUCCUGUACGGCCUAGCGAUGCCAUGGUGGCGAACUGUCCUAUUUGCGACGGCACACUUGCCGGUAUCACACCUGACGAAGCAACACGACAUGUGAACGCCUGCCUCGAUGGCAACCCAAUUCCACUACCCCAACCCAAGGAGACCAAGAAAGUCAAAGAUGAAGUCGCCAGACCGCCAAUCCUUGAACCCCCUGAAGUAAACAAACGACUUGCGCGCGCAGCAGUACCACGAGAGGGCCAAGCCAACCCAUUCAAGCUGAGCGAAGUCCAAAACAAGUCGACUUCUGCCUUCACCAAAUUGAUGUCUGGCCAUGCUGAAGACGCUGCAUGGGCCGGCGCCGCUGCCGCAGAGCAUUCAUCGCGUGGAAAGCCCGCGUAUCAACGGACCUGUCCAUUUUACAAGAUAAUGCCUGGUUUCUACAUCUGCGUAGAUGCCUUCAGGUAUGGUGCGGUCAAGGGAUGCAAUGCCUAUUUCUUGAGCCAUUUUCACAGCGAUCACUACAUCGGCUUGACUUCCACCUGGACGCACGGCCCAAUAUACUGCAGCAAAGUCACCGGAGAUCUGGUCAAGAUGCAAUUACGAGUCGCUGCUAAGUGGGUCAUUGCUCUGGAGUUCAAUCAGACGGAGGAGGUCCCGGGCACCGAGGGUGUGACGGUGACUAUGAUCCCUGCCAACCACUGUCCUGGCAGCUCCCUAUUUCUUUUUGAGAAGACAAUGGGAAAGGGUCCAAAUGCGAGAAAGCAAAGAAUCUUGCAUUGUGGCGACUUCAGAGCCUGUCCAGCUCAGGUUGCCCAUCCUCUACUCAAGCCGGACAUACAAGAUUCGGUAUCAGGCAAACUCAAGCAGCAAAAGAUUGAUGUUUGUUACUUGGACACGACCUACCUCAACCCCCGCUAUUCUUUCCCGCCUCAGAACGACGUAAUAAAGGCAUGCGCAGAUAUGUGCAAGUCACUUGCUCCAGACCAGACGUCAGAAGACAACACAUGGGACAAGAUCAACAGAGAGGCUGGCACGGAGACGGUCAGCAAGUUCUUCACGAAGACAAGUGCGGACGACGCCACUGCAAAGGCGAAGAAGAAAAAUGCUCCAAAGGAACGUCUCCUUGUUAUUUGCGGUACCUACUCGAUUGGUAAGGAGCGGAUUUGCAAAGCUAUUGCCCAAGCUCUGGGAAGCAAGAUAUUUGCGUCCAAGUCGAAGAUCCGCAUUGUGUCCAAACUCGGAGACCCAGAGCUGACGGCACUUAUGACGGAUAAUCCGCAUGAAGCUCAGGUUCACAUGCAAAUGCUGAUGGAAAUCCGCGCCGAGACACUACAAGAAUAUCUCAACGGGUACAAGCCGCAUUUCAGUCGUAUCGUAGGAUUUCGACCUUCAGGCUGGAACUACCGUCCACAAGGCGCUAGCAAGGCGGUGACAGCUAGCACUCAACCUGGCACGAUUCCGAUGACACAGAUUCUUCAAGGCAAGGCCUGGCGGCCUCGGUUUGGGGCAAAGGAUUUCGUCGCGCAACGCGGCAGCACGAAAGAAGCCAUGUGUUUUGGUGUGCCAUACAGUGAGCAUAGCAGCUUCCGGGAGCUGACCAUGUUCGUGAUGUCCCUGCGCAUCGACAAGGUAGUACCCACGGUCAAUGUCGGCAGCGAAGUAUCGAGGAAAAGGAUGAAGGGCUGGAUUGAUAAAUGGUUGUCUGAGAGGAGAAAGGGCGGACUCGUGCAUCCUCUCGAAGGCGAAGAGGCCGAGGGUAAAGAAGUUGCGCUGUGGAACGGCAAAGAUAGCCGUGGAGGAGGCGUCUGCAUAAUGAAUAAUGAAUACAAUGCGGUCGGGCGCAACUUCCACGCCAAGAAUAUCGUUGAGCACGUGUACCUAGUUGUGAGGUUUUGGCCUUCAUUCCACCGCAUGCGAGGACCGGCCUUUUCAGUGCCCCGGCCAUAUCGCCAUGAUUAA